AUGAAUGACUGCUUCAAAUGUUCAGAGGAUCAAUAUCCAAGCAGACACCAUGACCACUGCAUUCUCAAAACUAUCAUUUUCCUAUCUUAUCAAGAUCCUUUAGGGGCUUGUUUAGCAUCUCUUGCUCUAUUUUUUUCUCUACUCACGCUUUUCUUGCUAGGAAUUUUCAUAAAGCACAGAGAUACGCCGAUUGUCAAAGCGAACAAUAGAGAACUCACUUAUGCCCUCCUUGGGUUCCUCCUUCUUUGUUUUCUCUGCUCUUUUUUAUUCAUUGGACAACCUGGGACAAUAACCUGCCUACUCCAGCAAGCAACUUUUGGCUUCAUCUUCUCAGCAGUGGUAUCCUGCCUCUUGGCCAAAAACAUCACUGUUGUUGUGCCUUGCAUGGCCACCAAACCAGGGUCCAGCCUGAGAAAGUGGGUGGGGAAAAGAUUGGCCAGAGGUAUAAUUCUUUCUUGCUCCCUUUUGCAAGCAGCUAUCUGUAUAGUAUGGUUGGCCAUCUCUCCUCCUUUCCCAGAUCUGGACCAUAACACUCUAAUCACUGAAAUUAUAGUCAAAUGCAAUGAAGGUUCUUCCAACAUGUUUUAUUUUGUCUUGGGUUACCUGGGCCUUUUGUCCAUCAUUAGUUUCAUAGUUGCUUUCCAGACUAGGAAGUUGCCAGAUAGCUUCAAUGAAGCCAAGUUUAUCACCUUCAGCAUGUUGAUUUUUUGCGCUGUUUGGUUUUCUUUCAUUCCAGCCUACUUGAGCAUAAAAGGGAAGUAUACAGUAGCUCUGGAGAUCUUCUCCAUUUUAGCUUCCACUUUUGGACUACUUGGUUGUAUAUUUUUCCCCAAAUUUUAUAAUAUUGUGCUGCAGCCUGAGUUGAAUUCCAAGGAGAACUUAAUAAAAAUGAAGACUUAA